AUGAGUAACUCUACUUUCCCUACUUUUAAUGCCCUAUCCUCGUCUCAAACGGAGAUGGACAGUGAACGAGAUUUGCAGAGAAAUCUAUUUAAUGGCUUAAAAAUGCGGAGAACUGGGUCUCUACAAUACGUUUUUCUGUCAUUUCAGAAUCAACAACGCAAUCCACCCCGUAGGUCACGAUCAACGCCCAAUUUCAGUGGUAAGAAUGCUCAGGUCUAUGAUAAUAACGAUAAAUACGCCAAAGAUAUUUUUACGCAAACACUUGGAACAGAUUGCAAAUUGGAUAAACAUCUUACAACCCAUAGACCAAAAGGACAUAGGAUCGAUCUGGCCAAUUUCCCUCUACAUAUCCUUCCUCGAAAUCAGAAUCAGGAAGUGAUGUCAAGAAAAGAGCGUUGGGAUCAUGGUAAUUGUUCAGAAAUGAACACGUGGACUCAUCUAAGUCAAGAUGUCCUGUGUCAACUUUUUAAUCAAUUGAAAGACGAACUUCAUGACUUUACGGAAAAGGAUCAGCGGCUUCUUGAUGUAAGCCUUAGAGGACAUCUUGCUAAAACCUUUG